CUACACGUCGAUCUGUUUUCAUGUUACCUCUGGUGGGGGAAGACUUUGACGUUCCAUGAUGUUAAGGUUUUACAUUAAUUAUGUGCAGCUAAUUUGAAUGGAGAUAUUUCCAUGCAUACAGAUGGCAGUUAAAAAUCCCGAAGACAGCAAACUUGAGAUUGUUGUUGUGUUUUGCGUGUGUACUGAGCAUUUCAAAAAAUGAGCAUUGCACUGUCGUAGUCCAGAGACAUUUGGAGCUUUACUCGAAGGAUAUCCAUGCAUCCGUGGCGCUCGUAAUGAAUAGCUUUUAGACUUUUCGGCUUGAAUUUAUUUAACUGAGGAGCUAAUAAUCCACGGGGGUCAUCGCUUUGGUCCAGACACUCCGUUAUUUCACCUGUUACUGGGCUGAUAAACCUCAAAUCCAAGUGCUUAGCCAGCAAUGUGUGGGUGUAGUAAGACGGGACAUGUCCAGACAUGAACACAGAGCCAGACAACUCAGCAAAGAUCGUCUACCACCACUAGGCGUCCAAAGCCAGUCAAGCUUUGACAUGUCAUGCCCGAACCCGCCCAGGGAUGAUGAGUAGUAGUGCUGUGGAUUCUAGCCCUGACAUGUCUCUCUGCGUCUAUUUAAACCAUAGAGCGGCUCUUAGCCGGCUCCCACUCAUCACUAAGCCAGAGCUCAAGCACUUUAUGUACAGGGAGCAGAGUAUAUAUAUAGAAGAUUCUUUGCUAGAAUAGCCAAUUUACCUCUAUUUGCACAGAUUACCUACCAAUAUGGCAACAGAAAGUUGUUUAAGCAGUACUCAGAUCAACAAAGUUGACAACGAAAAACUGGUAAGACCAAAAGUUCAGCUGAAAAGCCUGUUAGAGGAUGCAGGUGCAGAUAAAGAUGUUUUCACCAUGAAGGAGGUUUUGUUUUAUUUGGGGAAGUACAUCAUGAGCAAGGAGUUAUAUGACAAGCAGCAGCAACACAUUGUUCACUGCGGAGAGGAUGCUCUUGGUGCCAUUCUCGGGGUGAAAAGUUUCUCAGUCAAAGAGCCCCGAGCACUCUUUGCAAUGAUCAACAGAAACCUUGUGACAGUGAAAAAUCCAGAUACUCCGUGUACCUUCUCUGAACCCAGGAGUCAAAGUGAACCAGAUCGAGGGCCCGGGGAUACGGAUUCAGACUCUCGCUCAUCUACCUCACAACAGCUGCGCAGGAGGAGGAGAAGCAGUGAUCCUGAGAGUACUUCAGCCGAAGACGAUCCCAGAGAACGCAGGAAGAGGCACAAGUCAGACAGCUUCUCUCUGACAUUUGAUGACAGCCUGUCUUGGUGUGUGAUUGGCGGUCUGCACCGGGAGAGGGGGAAUAGUGAGUCCUCGGACACACAAAGCAACUCUGAUGUAGGUAUCUCUCACAGUGAGGGCAGUGAAGAGAGCGAAGACUCGGACUCUGAUAACUUUAGUGUGGAGUUUGAGGUGGAGUCCAUAGACUCUGACGCCUACAGUCAGAAUGAUGAGGAUUCAUUGCCAGGAGAGAACGAGGUGUAUGAAGUCACAAUCAUUGCUGAGGAUGAAGAUUCGUUUGAUGAGGAUACUGAGAUAACUGAGGCAGACUACUGGAAGUGUGCCGGAUGUUAUGAGCUCAACCCUCCUCUUCCUCGGCAUUGCAAAAGCUGCUGGAAAGUCCGACCCGGUUGGCUUCCAGAAACACACUCCAACAUAGAAAACACCUCCACUAACACUCAACCCAGCACAGAAGACACCAGCAUCACCACAACUCCCAGCUCAGCCUCACAUGACAAACUGCUUCCUUCCAAACCCUCAAGCCCUCUUCCAGAAACAGACGAAGGAGUGGACGUACCCGACGGCAAGUGCUCGCAAUCUCCUGUUGCCGCUAAAGACGAACUUCUCUCCUCCACUGCCACCGGCUCUAUGAGUGACUCUCAGACCUUGUCAUCGCAGCCCUCAACCUCCUCUGGUGGCGGCAGCAGUCAGGAAGAGACCCCAGAGCUGGAGCGCUUCAACAGCCUAGAGGCCUGCCUGCCCGCCACUUGCCUUGAGCCCUGCGUCAUCUGUCAAAGUCGCCCCAAGAAUGGCUGCAUCGUCCACGGAAGAACUGGACACCUUAUGGCUUGCUACACUUGCGCCAAGAAAUUAAAGAACCGGAACAAGUUGUGUCCGGUGUGCCGAGAGCCCAUUCAGUCAGUUGUGUUGACCUAUCUGAGCUGAGACACUGCAGAUAUACCUCUUCUCCUCUCCUCACGUGAAAUUUUGCUUUCAAAUUCAAUAUUUGUAAUAUGUUACUUAUUGAUUAAUACAUUUUAUUUAUGACUCACCAAGCGAGGUUUUCACUCGCAUGCUGUGAAGGAAAUUCACAGAUCUAUGUUUUAAGGGUUGAGUUUAAGGCCUUGGAAUUAAAACUACCACUUAUGAACUUGCAGAGAUUCUGUAUACAUUUUAUCAGCUACUAGAAAUGUUUAUUGUCAUUUAAUUUAUGUACAUGCUUAUGUAUAAGUUUCAUGUUAAUUUAUGUUCUUUGCUGCACUGAAAUGUGUUCUUGAGCUGUAGCUCUUAAGACACCCCUUUAAAAUUGUUCCUCUUGAAGGAAAUGCUCCACUGCACCAUUUUCUGCUGCAAAGACUCAUAUUUUCUCUGAGUGAGGCAUAAUAAAUGAUUAUUUUGAGGCUUUUCUGCUUUUACAGUA